GGCGUGGCCUGCCUGCCCUUGCGCGCAGCCGCUCCUCGCCUGCGCCUCAUUGACUCUAAUUGGGUCAUCCAUAUCCUAAAAAUUGUGUUUUUCAGUGUCACUUGCCAGCUUGUUGGGGUUGACGUUGCCGCGUUGUCUACGAAACUGGGGAUUUAACGCAGGUUGGCAUGCUUGAUUUGGGAGUAUCAAGAUGGCGACUUCAGUUUUGAAUGAUUCACUGGGCCGCACGCAUCGAGAAGGAGCUGGAGAAAGUUCUCCAGCACGUCACCGGGACUCAGCAAAUGAAAUCGCAGAUUUACAAUGAGAAGAGGAGCCAGUUUGAAAUCAAGAGGAACAACCCCAAGGACCUCGUGGAGCGAGUGGCCCGGGACAUUUCCAAGCUGCUGAACAGUAAGAGGAAAGCCCUGGAGAAACUGGCCAAGGAGGCAGAGCAGCUUCAGAAGGAUCACGAGUGGCAAGACGGAGUGACGGAGAAUGCCAUUUCAUACUACGAUUCCAAAGCGGAUUCAGACUAUACCGAGGACGGAGAAGAGGAAAGCCCCGUGGAGAGCUCGUCUUCUCUGGAGUUGGAGUUUGUGGACGAUCCCAAUUUCAAAAACAAGGUCAACUACUCAUCCAGCGCCGUGCAGAUUCCGACCGACAUCUACAAAGGCUCUCCGGUCAUCCUGAACGAGCUGAACUGGACUCAGGCGCUGGAGCGGGUCUUCAUCGAGAACCGCCGCGAAGACAGCUCCCUCCGCUGGCAGGUGUUUGGCAGCGCCACGGGCGUGACGCGCUACUACCCAGCCACUCCAUGGAGAGCGCCCAACAAGAUUGACCUCUACGACGUCCGCCGCAGGCCGUGGUACAUCCAAGGCGCGUCCUCUCCAAAGGACAUGGUCAUCAUCGUGGACGUGAGUGGGAGUGUCAGCGGUCUCACCCUCAAGUUGAUGAAGACCUCCGUGAUCAAGAUGCUGGACACGCUCUCGGACGACGACUACGUGAACGUAGCCAGAUUUAACGACGAGGCCGACGCCGUGGUGCCGUGCUUCAGGACUUUGGUCCAAGCCAACGUGCGCAACAAGAAGAUCUUCAAGAAGGCCGUCAUGCACAUGCAGGCCAAAGGGACGACCGACUACAAGUCGGGCUUCACGUUUGCCUUCGAGCAGCUUCUCAACGAGAGCAGCGCUCCGAGGGCCAACUGCAAUAAGAUGAUCAUGAUGUUUACAGACGGCGGCGAGGAUCGGGCGCAGGAAAUCUUCGAGAAGUACAACUGGCCCAACAAGACGGUGCGCGUGUUCACGUUCUCCGUGGGUCAGCAUAAUUACGACGUCACCCCGUUGCAGUGGAUCGCUUGUGCCAACAAAGGUUACUACUUUGAAAUCCCGUCGAUCGGCGCCAUCCGAAUCAACACCCAGGAGUACUUGGACGUCCUGGGACGUCCCAUGGUGCUGGCCGGCUCCAAAGCCAAACAGGUGCAGUGGACCAACGUCUACCAGGAUGCUUUGGGUUUGGGCCUUGUCAUCACGGGUACCAUGCCGGUCUUCAACCUCACUGCUGAUAGUGCAAGCGCGCAGAACCAGCUCAUCCUCGGAGUCAUGGGCGUGGACAUCGCCAUCAAUGAGAUUAAAAAGAAGACGCCCACGUACAGACUCGGCGCCAACGGUUACACCUUCGCGACCGACCCAAACGGUUACGUGCUGCUCCACCCCAACCUGCGACCCAAGAUCAUCAACUUCAGGGAGCCUGUCACGCUGGACUUCCUCGACGCAGAACUGGAGGACACCAACAAGGAGGAGAUCCGGAGACAAAUGAUUGAUGGCAAAUCCGGCCAGCGGAAAAUCAAGACGCUCAUCAAGUCGGUGGAUGAGAGGUACAUCGACGAGGCCGUGCGAACGUACACGUGGACGCCGGUGGAGGGCACAGACUACAGUCUAGGCUUGGUUCUGCCCACAUAUAGCGAGAGCCACAUCAAAGCCAACCUUAGCGACCAGAUCCUGCAGGUGCAGUAUUUUGAGUCACUGCUGCCAAACAGUUUUGAGUCUGAAGGACAUAUAUUCAUUGCUCCCAGGGAAUACUGCAACGAUCUGGAGUUGUCGAGCAACAACACUGAAUUCCUGCUCAACUUCAUCGCCCUCAUGGAGAAAGUGACCCCCGAUUCCAAACAAUGCGACAACUUGCUCCUUCACAACCUGAUUUUGGACACGGGCAUCAUCAGGCAGCUGGUGGACAAAGUGUGGAAGAACAAAGACUUGAACACGUACGGCUUUUUGGCUGUAUUUGCUGCCACGGACGGGGGAAUCACAAGAGUGUUUCCCAACAAGGCCGCGGAAAGCUGGGAGGAAGACCCCGAGCCGUUUAACGCCAGCUAUUACCGCCGCAGUCUCGACAACAAGGGCUACAUCUUCAGAGCGCCUUAUCGGACAGCCAGAGACGAGCUCCUCAACCCGGAGAACGACACCAUAGGGAUCCUGGUCAGCACGGCGGUGGAGAUCACAGUCGGAGGGAAGACGAUCAAACCGGCGGUCGUCGGAGUCAAACUGGAUCUGGAGGCCUGGGUGGAUAAGUUCAAGAUUCUUGCCAGUAACCACACGGACAACCGGCAAGGGCCCAACACGUGUGGGCCGAACAGGGUCUGCGAGAUGGACUGCGAAGCCAACAACGACGACCUCCUGUGCUACUUAGUGGACGACGGCGGCUUCCUGAUCAUGUCCAACCAGAAGGAUGACUGGAACAAGGUUGGCAUGUUCUUCAGCGAGGUGGACCCCUACCUGAUGUUCGCGCUCUACAACAACUCCUUCUACAACCGCAAGCAGUCGUUCGACUACCAGUCGGUGUGCGAGCGCAUGCCCAACAGCGAGGCCGGAGCUGCGCGGAGAGGAGUUUUUGUGCCCACGAUUGCAGAUUUCGUCAACCUGGCUUGGUGGACGUCCGCAGCUGCAUGGUCACUGCUCCAGCAGUUCAUGUACGGACUGGCUUACCACAGCUGGUUUGUCAUGGAUGAGGUGGACGCCGAGGGACUGGACUCCAGGGAUCGGAGCUGCGUCAUGAUCCAGACUCAGUAUUACCUGAGCAACCUGAGCAGCUCCUUCAACAUGCUGCAGGACUGCGGCAACUGCUCCAGGCUGAUCCACGCCAAGAGGAUAAACAACACCAACUUGUUGUUCGUGGUGGCCGAGAAGAUGCCCUGCAACACCUGCGAGAUCGAAAAGCUGUCCCAGGAGGAGGAGGAGUGUAUCCUCUGCCCCGAUGAUGUCACUGACGUGCAGGAAAUCUCCGCCGUUUUUUUCCUUAAUGGCUUCUUUCCAGUCAUGGAGGAGAACCCGUGCGAGGAAAUGACCGUGGCGCGCUACAGAAAAGGGCCCUCCACUUGUUUUGACAACAACAACGCGGUGAGCCUCUCGCCCGCAUCGAGAAACAACUGCACGUUAGCCUUUUUGCCGUUCUCGUUACAAAUCGUUGAUGACUACGGGGACAGGAAGUCAAGCCAUAAACCAAUCGGCUUUUCUGCCUUCCCCAUUAAAUUUCACUGUCAUCAGAUGACAUGACAAUUGUAAUUUUAUAUGCAUUAUGACUCACUAGAAAUACGACCAAAAAAACAAUAAGCGCUCCCGUCAGUGAUUUCAUUACAAGGAUGCUACUGUUGUUAGCAUAGCAAUGCAAGAUUGUUAGCAUGCUAACUUGGAAUGCUAUCUUGCUGUCAAUCAUAUGUUCAGCAACUCAUGCCAUUUAUUCAAUUAUCUUUACAAAUAGUACCUGGAAACUGGCAAGAUGUAAAAUGCUUAUCCGUCUGCUUUACUCAGCUUGCAAUAUUCAGUCACUCACAUUUGAAAAAUGUACAAGUGUGGUCAGUCAUGCCCGCAGAUCUGAAGUUACGGAUGUGGUCCACCAGUCAUGCCCGCAGAUGUAAAGUUGCACGUGUGUGUUCUGUUUGUAAUUAUGAGUGUACCCCUUUAAGACCGGAGGGGGGCGGUGUCAGGUAAACUAGGAAGUAGAAGUAGGCUGAGCAGCAGCUCGUUGUUAGAGACCAUGUAAAAAAAAAAAAGUCAGGCUGUGGUUCACUGCGCUGGAUCAGUUUUCGUGUGCGACAAGUGCACAAUUGCGCAGUGGCGCAGCUUAGAGGGAAUAUUGGUCAAGACUACACAAAAUAAGCAACGUCUUUCAAUAUGUAUGUAUUUCUACUCGUAACAAAUUUUAAGCGUGCUAGACUGUGCAGAUUUGCGCGGGCACAUACACACAGUGACUGAAUAUUGCUAUAUACUGAUUUAAUAACUGUUAGCAAUUGGGCUAUUUCGUAUCUGAAGCGAACACAGGUCAAGAUGUAAAAUCCAAACCGAUCAGCUUCACCGCAUUCUGAACUAAGGUCGCUUUUUUGGUUCUACGUUAGCAUGCUAGCAUUUUCCCAAUCCUCAUUAUCACGAACCGAUAAUUCCAAAUUUUCCCCAUCUCUCGCUCUACAGUUCCAUUUUUCUAAUGAAUCUGAGCGUGUCCGAGCAACUUAACGGCGACUCCAGAAGCAAUAACUCGCAGGGCGUUUUCGACGCGAUGUGUAACGCCGACGUCUGUCUGUCCUUGCUCAGGAGAACACGUCGGACUGCGGGCGGGGCCACUCCCUGCGUCCGUCCCGCGUGGCUUUGCUGCUGAUCCAACUUCUCCUGCUUUACCCUGUCGUCAGCCCUCACGCUCUCUCUCUACUACAUUAAUUUCAUCUGUCUGACACCCACACACGCACACCUUAUAGCUGUCCUGUGCUUCUCAUAUGUGCCCCCCUUCCGCCCCCUCCCACCACCACCUAACGUAGUCUGAUAGGCAAUGAUGGGAAGCCCUGAGUGCCGCCGCCGUCUCGCCAGCUUCACUUGUGUCCUCAGCCAAGGUCAGCCCAUUAGCCGCACGAGAGACCCCCGCGCCCAAAAAAAAAACAACUCUUUCGACGACGUCUCGUGUCAUGAGAAUUCCAAACUUUUUUUUCCCUAUUAAGUCCCCCCCCCCCCAAAAAAAAAAAAAAAAAAAAAAUCGACUAUAUGUUUAAUUUAUGCACAACUAUCUACUUGCCAAAAUGAGAUAGACUUUCAUGUGGUCUUAUUUUUCUAGCCAAAAAGACAGCAAAAAUGGCUUAGAGAGAGGGAUUUAAAAAAAUGAAAAUUAUUGUCAUAACACGCUCAUAUUCGCUACACAAUGGCUCUCGCUCUAAUAACACAGCUGUGACGUUUCAACGGUUAUUAGUCAGCGGUAUGGUGUAGUCUUGUAUAUUAUCAGCAAAAUAUAAAAAGAAAGAACCUCUCUGACCUCCAUUCAGACCAACAUCGCCUCUGCCAGUCCUCGCCGGGCUGUGAAGAAGGACAACAAUAAAAGAUCAACGUUGCAAAGAAAUGAAAAUCGGAACGCCGCAAGAAAAAUGUUGCAAUAUCACCAGAGGAAAAAAAAAAUUUUGGAAUAUGACAAGAGUUAAAUCAGAACGUUACGGGCAAAAAAAAAAAUGUUGUACUGUUACAGGAAGGAAGUCAAAAUUUUAAGAGAGGAAAAUGAUGAUAUCUGCAAAAAUUAAGGCUUAAUUUUCUGACAAAAAACGUAAUAGCAUAAGUGAAAAAAGGAACGAUUAAUAUUCAUUGAAAAAGUCACUUUUUUUAAACGGGAAAAAGUUGUGAUGUUCGAGUUAAUGUUUUAACACCACUAAAUAAAAGUAAUUUGAUGAGAAAAAAAUACUAUGAAAAUAUUACCAAAUUAAACCUGCUAAAAUGCAAAAAAAAAAAAAAAAAAAACAUUUCGAACCAAUGAAGUGAGAAUAUUGCAAGACUAGUCCUAAUUUCCUGAGGGGAAAAAAAGUUUUCACGUUGAAAGAAAGAAAACUAUAAACAAUAAGAUAUGACAGUUCAAGUCAUGAUACCGUAACGUAAUUUCACAAAAACAAAAAAAAGAAUCCACAAACAUGACAAACGUGCGUUAGUGUGAGCAUUUUUAAAUCUCCGGUCAAGUUCUCAAGUUCGACAUUCACUUGUUAGAAAUACAACUGUUUUGUUUUUUUUCUUGUAAACAAAUUCUCAUCAUAUAAUAUCAGAAUGCAGUAUUAUUCUACUACUAUCGCUCGCUAUUGCACAGAAUUCUUGGCUUGUCGUAGCUGAAGCGCAUCCCGUCACGCGUUCUCCGUCGGUUCUGUCAUCCGGGCCUUAUCGUGCUGUCCCCAAAAUGGCCGCCGUCGCGCGCUAAGUACCCGGCGCCCGUCGCGUGAUCGUCCUUUUAGACUGUUUAGGAGCCGCUCUGUUUCAUAAUCAGUGCCUUGAUGCACUUUGUGGUGGACGAGCAGAGCGACCGUGUCGUUUAGAUGUCCUUUCUUUGAAAUCAAGCGGCCAUCUUGGAGGGGGACCAGCUUUAGGUAGAACUUCCGUCACGGGACUACAAAGCAAAGCGUGGAGGUGUGAUCGGCAGAUUGUCAGCGCGCACACACACACACACACACACACAUACUCCAAGUGGAUUUACGCUGCAGGUCGCCAAGAAAUGCCGAAAUUUAUCAAAUUUUCCAUUUACGGCAUCCAAAAAGGUUUUUAGAAUGCAAGAAACAGCGUGCAUGCGUGGAUCACCAAGUUCAAUGUAAAUAACUCAAGUAAGUCAUAAUACAUCCAUCCAUCCAUUUUCUUAGCCGCUUAUCCUCACAAGGGUUGCAAGGAGUGCAGGAGCCGAUCCCUGCUGUCAAGGGGCAGGAGGCGGGGAACACACCGAACUGGUCGCCAGCCAAUCGCCGAGCACAUAGACACGAACAGCCGCACUCACAAUCACACCUAGGGGCAAUUUAGAGUGUCCAAUUAAUGUCGCAUCUUUAUGGGAUGCGGGGGGGAAACCGGAGUGCCCACCCGGAGAAAAGCCACGCGGGCACGGGGAGAACACGCAAACUCCGCAUAGGCGGGUCUGGGAUCGAACCCGGGACCUCCGAACUGUGAGGCCAUUGCUUUCCAGCCACGAUUCAUAAUACAUGAAUAAAAAAAAUAUUAAGAGUUUAUUUAGCUCUGUUCCACAUACGUUUAAAAGAGGAUAAUCGUUACAUAACACCAUUGGCCAUUGUCGGAAAUUAGUUUUUUUUUUUUUUUUUUAAUCAUGAACACGUCGCUCUUGUAGCAUAUUUAGACAAUAAUGAAUCAUCUGACUUGAAGUUUAACAGCUGGUGUUUUUUUUGAAAUGUUUAUUUGUGUAAAACAUGAUUAAACAGUGGAUCCCCGUUAUUAGAUAAUUGAAGCCUGUUGUAAAUUGCGCUGGGAAAAGUGUACACAGUAUUAAUAAAUAUACGGUUGAGUGUUUUAGCGACCAGUUCCACCCAAAAAAGAAGAGAAAAACGAAAAGAUUGAAAAAAUAAAUUGGGGAACAAAAAUCUGCGGAUAGGUGAAUCCGUGCGUUCAAGACCGCGUUUGACCUUUUGACCGUCAAUGUAAAAAAAAAAAAAAAAAACAUUUUUAUGGAAUUUUGGUGUUACUUGCAGCGUAAAUCCAGCCUUUUUUUUUUUUUUUGGACUGCUCUAAGUUCUGCCUGAUCCAUUUGUGUCGAAUCGAGUGGAAUGUCUUGAAAACUGUGCGUGUGACGUGAGAGCUGAUUGUUUUUGUUUUGUUUUUUUGUCCCGUGUGUCGCAAUGAACACAAUCCAGUGUUAUGGACGUUUUGGGGAAAAAAAAAAAAAAAAAAGAGAGAAAACAAAAUCAAAAGGGAGGUCGCCACUUAUCGGGUUGACUGAAUGUGUUCGUCGGUGUUUUGAGUUUUUCAAAUGCAACGUACAAAAACGACGCCUCUGUGUCGAAUGCCUUAGUGUCACGCACAACAGAGCUCGGAAUCCCCCUCGCCCCUCGCCCCGCCCCCGCCAUAUUUUUACAUCAUUACUGGACUUGAUGCUAACUCGUAAACAAUGCGUAUUGGUAUUUUGUUUGUUUAUCUGACACUUUUGGAUUAUUACAAAUUGGCCAAGGAACAUUGCAGCUGAGAAAUUUUUAAAUAUGAACUGAAACAGUUAAAGGGGUUAAUAAUGAGCUCCGAAAAAAAUAAAUCAAUCAAAAUAUGGCCUUUGUCAUGCUAACGUGUAGCCGCCUCACAUGACAUGACAUCAUGUGACUUGCGUCUUCUGCCGCGUUUCAUUUUUGGGGCAAAUUCAGAAAAAUGAUAUUGUCGCGUUUUAAAUAUUAGAACAUGAAUAAUUGGAUCUAAACAAUGCUGAUUUUUAUUUAUUUAUUUUUCCUGACAACUUUGGGUCAUCACACACAGCCCGGUGUGACGGUCUGAGCGCUCCCGGUGCUAAAAAGUCUUCUUGUGAUUAAUGUGCAUGCGCGUAUAAUAAUGUGCAUGCGUGUAUAUUAAUGCACACGCGCGUAUAUUUUGUAAACUUCCCCAUCCAUGCGUCGUCAUGUGCCAUUCGGCAACUUGUCGCCAAGUGUUCAUGUUCGCUACGGACGUCUCAGAAUGACGAAGACAGCGAACGUACAUAUGCGUGUAUAUCUUUUUAUCUAUUAUUUAUUUCAUAUAUAUAUAUAUAAUAUAUACAUUAUUAUUUAUUUUAAGGUUAGGGUUAGGUUAUAACGCAUGUUAGCUCCCUCUAUGUAGAAGAAGGGGAACUAUGAGACCGGGGGAUUUCCCAGUAAGGGUCUGCUACGUACCCAGAGUUCCCCUCUUAGUAACGCAUGCGCAUUCAUCACAAGGAGACUUUUCAGCACGGGGGAACGCUCAGACCGGCACACCGUCUCAAAUGGACCCAUUUUCAAUAUCGAUUCAAACGGUUUAUAACGAGACAGAGACUGUUUUUGUUCCAAUUUUUUGUUCUUGAGACUUGAUCAUUGCACACGGGCCGGGUCGAACUGACCCGGGAAUGUUUUUGUCGUUCCUGUGAAACAAAAAUUAAGAGCGAAACCCGGCGUCCGUCCGUCCGUCAGUAUUGCUAACGUGUAGCCGCCUCGUAUCGUGACAAGCAAAGGUUUAGCGUGUUUGUGCGACUUGACGAGUUUUUUUUUUUUUCCCCCCAAAAUGCAUCCGAUACGAAUUGUGAUUUUGGGGGGGGGGCGAUUCAAAUAAAUGAAAAGGUUGAGGCGGGCUGCGUCCGUGUGCGUGUCGGGGGGAAAAAGACGGCGUGUAUGUGACUGUGUAGUGUAGUCUGGUGCUACGUGACCAUGUUUGACACAAAAAAAAAAAAAAAAAGUGUGUGUUUCAAAGAAAAUAACAUUUAGAGAAAAACAAGUCGGAAUCAGUCAAAGUGAAGUCAGUAUAUAUAUCGAAAUAUAACUAUAGGAAAAGAGCACCGUUGAUGAGUUUGAGGUCCGAAGUCCAAACAGAUUUUUAUUUUCUAUUUCUUUCUCGUGAGCGCGAGCGAGCGAGGUUGACUCGGGCUCCGUCUUUGUUUUGUUUGUCGCUCCAUUCUUUUUUUGUACUGAUGAAGUUACACGGGGAAAAAACAAAAAAAGUAGAGAAAAAAAAAUGACAAAAAAAGAAGAGGGGCAAACUUUGUAAAAUAUUGUGUCUGUGACUCCUUGUAAAAUAUUUUCAAAUUGUUUAUUACAGAGAA